CUUUUGAACGCUAGCCCGCAAGUGGGCGGGACCUGGGGCGGGCGGAGCAGCGACAGCGUCUGCUCCUGCGCUUUGUGGUCUCCUGCCUCCUGCUUCUCCGCCUGCGGCGUCGGAGGGGGCGUGGCCUGUGCGGAGGCUGGUGGGGGUGCGGGCGCCGCGGGACGUGGGUGACGCGUCGCUUUCCAGCUCAGCGGUGUGUGAGGUGUCGCGGCCCCGCCGGCGAUUGGCUGUUGAGAGGCGAGUACGCGGCGGCCGUUGGUCGCUGGCCUCACGGAGCAAGGCCCCGGGCGGGCGGGGAGGAUAUGGGGUGGCAGUGGCGGCGGCGGCGGCUUCAGGAGGCGGGCGUGGACGAGCCGGCGGCCGCGGCAGCUGUGGUACCCGGAGUCCUGUGAAGCGCCCCUGUCCGCGCGGCUGUGGGGCCCUCGGAGAGGGCUGCCAGGACGCGAGCCACUGAGGAGCCUCUCAGCCAGCGCCACAGCCUUUAGGAUUAUCGGUUCCAUCCUCGCGGUCCUGCUCCGGCUCCUCCAUCUUGGCCUCGGCGGUGGCGGCUGCCGGGAGGAUGUGCCGCCUUCUGGCAGGGGGAAGAAGGAGGAGAAGAUGAAGAAGCACCGGCGGGCCUUGGCCCUGGUCUCCUGCCUCUUUCUGUGCUCUCUGGUCUGGCUUCCCAGCUGGCGUGUGUGUUGUAAAGAGAGUUCUUCAGCUUCAGCGUCGUCAUAUUACUCUCAAGAUGACAACUGCGCGCUAGAAAAUGAAGAUGUACAAUUCCAGAAAAAGGAUGAAAGAGAGGGACCUAUCAAUGCCGAAUCAUUGGGAAAAUCAGGUUCAAAUUUACCUGUUUCUCCAGAAGAACAUAAAUUAAAAGAUGACUCUAUUGUGGAUGUACAAAAUACAGAGUCAAAAAAGUUAAGUCCACCGGUGGUGGAGACACUCCCUACGGUUGAUUUGCAUGAAGAGUCUUCCAAUGCAGUUGUGGACAGUGAAACUGUUGAAAAUAUUUCCAGCUCAUCUACCUCAGAAAUCACUCCAAUCUCAAAGCUUGAUGAAAUAGAAAAAUCUGGUACUAUUCCUGUAGCCAAACCAAGUGAAACCGAACAGUCUGAAACUGAUUGUGAUGUUGGGGAGGCCCUUGAUGCUAGUGCUCCAACUGAACAACCUUCCUUUGUCAGUCCACCUGACAGCCUUGUUGGCCAGCAUAUAGAAAAUGUAUCAUCUUCACAUGGUAAAGGAAAGAUAACAAAAUCAGAAUUUGAAUCAAAAGUUUCAGCAAGUGAACAGGAUGGUGGUGAUCCAAAAUCUGCAUUGAAUGCUUCAGAUAAUGUAAAAAAUGAGAGCUCUGAUUAUACAAAACCAGGAGACAUUGACCCUACAUCUGUAACAAGUCCCAAAGAUCCAGAAGAUAUACCAACAUUUGAUGAAUGGAAGAAGAAAGUUAUGGAAGUAGAAAAAGAAAAAAGUCAGUCAAUGCAUCCAUCUUCUAAUGGAGGUUCACAUGCCCCCAAAAAGGUCCAGAAAAAUCGAAAUAAUUAUGCCUCAGUAGAAUGUGGUGCCAAAAUUCUAGCAGCUAAUCCAGAAGCCAAGAGCACAUCUGCUAUUCUUAUAGAAAAUAUGGAUCUUUAUAUGUUGAAUCCUUGCAGCACUAAAAUUUGGUUUGUUAUUGAACUUUGUGAACCAAUUCAAGUAAAGCAGCUUGAUAUUGCAAAUUAUGAAUUAUUUUCUUCUACUCCUAAAGAUUUUCUGGUUUCUAUCAGUGACAGAUAUCCAACAAAUAAGUGGAUUAAGCUGGGUACUUUUCAUGGUAGAGAUGAGCGGAAUGUACAGAGUUUCCCUUUAGAUGAGCAGAUGUAUGCAAAAUAUGUCAAGAUGUUCAUCAAGUACAUAAAGGUUGAGUUGGUAUCACAUUUUGGAUCAGAGCACUUUUGUCCAUUAAGCCUUAUAAGGGUAUUUGGCACUAGCAUGGUGGAAGAAUAUGAAGAAAUUGCUGAUUCCCAGUAUCACUCAGAACGCCAGGAACUAUUUGAUGAGGACUAUGAUUAUCCACUGGAUUAUAAUACUGGAGAGGAUAAAUCCUCAAAAAAUCUUCUUGGUUCUGCUACAAAUGCCAUUCUAAAUAUGGUGAAUAUUGCUGCUAAUAUUCUGGGAGCAAAAACUGAAGACCUGACAGAAGGAAAUAAAAGUAUAUCUGAGAAUGCCACUGCCACAGCUGCACCUAAAAUGCCUGAAUCAACUCCUGUUUCAACUCCUGUUCCAUCUCCUGAGUAUGUAACCACUGAAGUACACACACAUGACAUGGAGCUGUCAACACCAGAUACUCCAAAAGAGAGUCCCAUUGUACAAUUAGUUCAAGAGGAGGAAGAGGAGGCAAGUCCAUCCACAGUGACCCUUCUGGGCAGCGGUGAACAGGAAGAUGAGUCAUCACCCUGGUUUGAGUCAGAGACACAAAUAUUUUGCAGUGAACUGACCACAAUUUGUUGUAUUUCUAGUUUUUCGGAAUAUAUAUAUAAAUGGUGUUCAGUUAGAGUUGCUCUUUAUUGGCAGCGCAGCAGAACUGCUUUGAGUAAAGGAAAAGAUUAUCUUGUGUCAGCUCAACCACCCUUACUACUUCCUGCAGAAUCAGGAGAUAUUUCAGUAUUGCAACCUCUGAGUGGAGAAUUGGAAAAUAAGAAUAUAGAAAGGGAAGCUGAAACUGUUGUUCUUGGUGAUUUAAGUAGUAGUAUGCACCAAGAUGACUUGGUGAAUCACACUGUAGACGCAGUUGAACUUGAACCAAGCCAUUCUCAAACUCUUUCUCAGUCUCUUCUUUUAGAUAUUACCCCAGAAAUCAAUCCUUUGCCUAAAAUAGAAGUAUCUGAAUCUGUUGAAUAUGAGGCAGGACAUAUACCAUCACAAGUGAUUCCCCAAGAUAGUUCUGUUGAGAUUGAUAAUGAAGCAGAACAGAAGUCUGAGAGCUUUAGUUCUAUAGAGAAGCCAUCUGUUACCUAUGAAACAAAUAAAGUUAAUGAGGUAAUGGAUAAUAUUAUAAAAGAAGAUGUGAACUCCAUGCAAAUUUUCACAAAACUGUCUGAAACAAUAGUGCCACCAAUAAAUACAGCCACUGUACCCGACAAUGAAGAUGGGGAAGCCAAAAUGCAUGUAGCUGACACAGCAAAGCAAACUUUGAUUUCUGUUGUGGAUUCUUCUUCAUUACCUGAAGUAAAAGAAGAAGAACAGUCUCCAGAAGAUGCCCUUUUGAGAGGGUUACAGAGGACAGCUACAGAUUUUUAUGCUGAAUUGCAAAAUUCGACAGAUCUAGGAUAUGCUAAUGGAAAUCUUGUACAUGGAUCAAACCAAAAGGAGUCAGUAUUUAUGAGACUUAAUAAUCGUAUUAAAGCCUUAGAAGUUAACAUGUCUCUCAGUGGUCGCUAUCUGGAGGAGCUUAGCCAAAGGUACCGAAAACAAAUGGAAGAAAUGCAAAAGGCUUUCAAUAAAACAAUUGUAAAACUUCAGAAUACUUCAAGAAUAGCAGAGGAGCAGGAUCAGCGGCAAACUGAAGCCAUCCAGUUGCUACAGGCACAGCUGACCAACAUGACACAGCUUGUUUCAAAUUUAUCAGCAACAGUAGCAGAAUUGAAACGGGAGGUUUCAGAUCGACAAAGCUAUCUUGUCAUAUCUUUGGUUCUUUGUGUUGUCUUGGGACUGAUGCUUUGUAUGCAGCGUUGUCGAAACACUUCUCAAUUUGAUGGAGAUUAUAUUUCAAAACUUCCUAAAAGUAAUCAGUAUCCAAGCCCUAAAAGGUGUUUCUCUUCCUACGAUGACAUGAAUUUGAAAAGAAGAACUUCAUUCCCACUCAUGAGAUCCAAGUCUCUACAGUUAACUGGCAAAGAAGUAGACCCAAAUGAUUUGUACAUUGUAGAACCCCUCAAGUUUUCUCCAGAAAAGAAGAAGAAGCGCUGCAAGUACAAAAUUGAAAAAAUUGAGACCAUAAAGCCUGCAGAACCAUUGCACCCCAUAGCCAAUGGAGACAUAAAAGGAAGAAAGCCCUUUACGAACCAGAGAGAUUUUUCUAAUAUGGGAGAAGUUUAUCACUCUUCUUAUAAAGGUCCUCCAUCUGAAGGAAGCUCAGAAACUUCAUCACAGUCAGAAGAGUCCUAUUUUUGUGGCAUUUCAGCUUGCACAAGUCUGUGCAAUGGACAGUCUCAAAAGACAAAAACUGAGAAGAGGGCUUUAAAACGAAGGCGAUCUAAAGUUCAAGACCAAGGAAAACUGAUAAAAACUCUAAUACAGACUAAGUCGGGAUCAUUGCCGAGCCUGCAUGACAUAAUCAAAGGAAACAAAGAGAUCACCGUGGGAACAUUUGGUGUUACAGCAGUCUCGGGACAUAUCUAAAAUGAAUUGAACUUUUCAUACUGAAGACUUUUUUGUUUUCUUUGAAGAACAGUCUGUGGUAUUUGAAGGGUUUGGGGAGGGAGAAAAUAUUAAUGGGAAAGGCAUUCAGAAAUUAUGGUUUCUGACUUUUUAAAAAGUAGAUGGGAUUGUGUCAAUCUUGGUUAAUGAGCUACAGUUUUACAAAACUGAUCACUUCCUAUAAGGACAAUGGUAGACAUUUUAUAAAGAUGUUUUUUCACAAGAUUAAUUACUGGGACAAAAGUAAUUUGGAAGCCCAGUUCCUUAGGUGGGAUAGGAAUGAAAGCCUAAACCUCUUCCUUUAGCUUUGUUCCUAUUUCUUGCACCUUCCCAUAUUUAUGUGCCUUUUGUCUAUUUAUAAUGCCACUGGAAGAGGAGGGAGAACUUUUUCUGUUAUUUGAUUUCUUUUAUAACUUUGUUAGGUUUUUGAAGCUACAAACACUACAAGGCUUUGAGGGGGUCUGUGCCUGAAGCUCAGCAUUGUGAGUCAGACAGUCUAAAGAUCCUAAAGACUUGCCAACUGGAUCUUUGUUUAGCAAACUCACUGGAAAUGAACACUUACUGGAAUUUUUAAGUCUGUUCUUUCAGGUAGAUGGUGAUGCUCUUGUUAUUUUCACUUAUUCAGACUGGAUUACUUCUUACUUAGUUUCUAACUCAAUGAGGAAAAACAAACCCUACAGGAUCUUUUUUUGCAAACAACUGAUAUAUGCAAACAAAUUUUUGACAAAUUCACCUUUUAAACACAACCAUUUGUGAAGGUUUUCUUUAGCUUACAUUUUAAACAUACACAAUAAACACUAAUCCUCCAAACUUUCACUGUUUUUAUUAGUACGAAUAUAAAAUUUGAAGGUUUGGCCAAUUAGUACAAGUAUCAUGAUAUAAUCACUGCCUGCGUACAUAUGCACAGAUCCAGUUAGUGAGUUUGUCAAGCUUCAUCUAAUUGGUUAACUCUAAAGGGAUUAUUAUUCCUUGAUGUUUGCUUUGUAUUGGCUACAAAUGUGCAGAGGUAAUACAUACGUGAUGUCAGUGUGUCUGUCUUUUUUUUUUUGUCUUUAAAAAAACAAUUGGCAGCAACUCUAUUUGAAUACAAUGAUUUCUUAGUGUGGUUGUACAGUAAUGAAUGAAAGUGGAACAUGUUUCUUUUUGAAAGGGAGAGAAUUGACCAUUUUGUGUUGUGAUGUUUAAGUUAUAACUUAUUGAGCACUUUUAGUAAUAACUGUUUUUAAACUUGUCUAAUACCUUUCUUGGGUAUUGUUUGUAAUGUGACUUAUUUAAAGCCUUUUUUGUUUGUUUAAGUUGCUGCUUUAGGUUAACAGCGUGUUUUAGAAGAUUUAAAUUCUUUUCCGUCUGCACAAUUAGCCAUUCAGAGCAAGAGGGCCUGAUUUUAUAGAAGCCCCUUGAAAAGAGGUCCAGAUGAGAGCAGAGGUAGAGUGAGAAAUUAUGUGGUCUGUGUGUUGUGGAAAGAAAAUUUUCAAUAUGUAACUACAGAGCUGUAGUGCCAUUAGAAACUGUGAAUUUCCAAAUAAAUCUGAACACUUGUCUUUAUUAAA